UAUUUAAAUACCACCGUGCGCGCGCGCACGUAGGUACCUAGUGGGCAGCGAUCCGCCACUCGACUCGACUCGACUCGACUCGACUGACUAACUAACUAGCUGAACUACCCUCUGCCCAAGCGAGACACCAUGGUCCUCCCGCUGCGCGGCCUCGUGCGCUGGCUGGGAGCUCUCGCGCUGGCCGCGCCGGCCAGCGUACUCGGGGCGCCGGCGGGUUUUGUCAGCGUGCGGGAGGGCAAGUUCGAGCUGGACGGGGCGGAGUUCUACUUUGCGGGGAGCAACGCGUACUACCUGCCGUUCAGCGAGAACGAGACCGACGUGGAGCUGGGGCUCGCGGCGGCGGCGGCGGCGGGGCUCAAGGUGAUGCGCACGUGGGGGUUCAACGAGCGCAACGCGACGACGGACCCCGGCGGGCUGCCGGCGUACGGCGGCGAGGGCGCGGGCACGACCCGGGCCGUGUUCCAGCGCUGGUUCCCCGGCGGCCGCGCCGUCGUCGACCUCGCCCCCUUCGACAAGGUCGUCCGCGCCGCCGAGCGCACCGGCGUCAAGCUCCUCGUCGCCCUCACUAACAACUGGGCCGACUACGGCGGCAUGGAUGUGUACACUGUUAAUCUCGGCGGGAGGUACCACGACGACUUCUACCGCGUCCCGGCGAUCAAGGACGCCUUCAAGUCGUACGUGUCGCAGUUCGUGUCGCGGUACCGGGCGUCGCCGGCGAUCCUGGCGUGGGAGCUGGCGAACGAGCCGCGGUGCGGCGCGGACGCGGUGCGCAACCUGCCGGCGGGGCCGGACUGCUCGCCGGCGCUGCUGACGGCCUGGGUGGACGAGAUGGCGCGGUUCGUCAAGGCGCUAGACCCGGACCACCUGGUGACGUGGGGGGGCGAGGGCGCGUUCGACCGCGGCGACCCGACCGACUCGUUCUACGGCGGCCGCGACGGCGGCGACUUCGACGCCGCGCUCGCGCUCCCCGCCGUCGACUUCGGCACCUUCCACACCUAUCCCGACUGGUGGCGCCGCCCCGGCCGCUCCUGGGUCGAGGCCUGGGUCCGCGACCACGCCGCCGCCGCCCGCGCCGCGCGCAAGCCCGUCGUCCACGAGGAGUACGGCUGGAUGACCCCCGCCGCCCGCGACCAGAACGGCGUCCCCGCCCCGGCCCCCGGCGAGGGCGGUGGCGCCAACGUCACCCGCGCCGACGUCGUCGGCCGCUGGCAGCAGGUCGGCCGCGAAGAGCGCGUCCCCGGCCUCUACUGGCAGUUCGGCUUCUCCGGCUACUCGUACGGCCGCAACCACGACGACGGCUUCACCAUCUACCUCGACGACGAGGAGGCCCGCUCCCUCGUGUACGACCACGCCAAGGCGGUCAACGGCCGGUGAGGAGGGGGAAGGAAUUACGAGAGGGGUUGCUCCCAGCAGGACCUCUUCGUCUCG